AUGGGUAAUUCUGGGAGUAAAAUUAAUUUUCGCAAAGCAGUGGUUGAACUUACAACGAAAAAAUCAAAAGUGGAAGAAGAUGCAUUUUGGGAAGAGUUAUGUGCUUCUAAUAUAAACAGUGCUGCGGAUAUUUUUUCACUGAUCACAGCGGACGAUGUUCGUUCAUUGCGUGAUAAUUCUCCGAGCAAUCUGGCAGCUUUAUGUUAUAAAACUGUAGAUCAAAUAACAACAGCAUGUAACUCUCCAUCAGCCAUAUCGUCGACAAAGGUACUGAAUUGUAUACGACUUCUAACAAGGGUUUGUCCAUAUUUAUUCGAAGAUUCGGAUUGGAAAUGUUUCUUUUGGUCGUUACCAUCAGCAGAAGAAAAUGAACAGUUUCCCCAUCAACCAUUAGCAUAUACAUUGAUAUCCGCUCUUACCGAUCUACUCUUUUGUCCUGAAUUCACCGUUUCAUCUCUUAGAAACCAUCCGGGAGGAUCGGAUGACCUAAGUACGAUUGACAGCUGCGAAUAUAUAUGGGAAGCUGGAGUUGGUUUUGCGACAAAACCACCGCAAGUAGCAGAGCAUGAUCAGCGACGGACUGAAAUUCUCAAACUUUUGUUGACAUGCUUUUCAGAAGUUAUUUAUGUCUCAAUUUCAGAUGAAAAUAGAAUGAGAUGGAUAGCAAGAUUUACAUCUGCGGAAAAUCGUCACGUUCUUCCGCUUUUUACUUCCCUCCUUAAUAUAGUUUGCGCAUAUGAUCCAGUUGGUUUCGGUGUACCUUAUAAUUAUUUACUUUUUACGGACACCAGAGAACCACUUGUGCAGACUGCAUUGCAAGUGCUUAUCGUGUGCUUGGAUAAUGAAACACAAUCGUCUGACAAGAAAAACGAAUAUGCUGACAAUUUUUUCAUUAAUUAUCUAUCAAGGAUUCAUCGCGAGGAGGACUUUGAAUUCAUGUUAAAAGGCAUGACUCGUUUAUUAACAAAUCCAUUGGUUGCAACGUAUCUUCCGAGUUCUACCAAAAAAAUAACAUGCCAUCAAGAACUCCUCGUUUUACUCUGGAAAUGCUGUGAAUACAAUCAGAAAUUCAUGUUUUAUUUAUUGAAAACAAGUGAUGUUCUGGAGGUACUUGUCCCGAUAUUAUUUCACAUUAGUGCUUCUCGCAAUGAUCCAGCUCGUGUUGGUUUGAUACACAUGGGUGUUUUUAUUAUUCUGUUGUUAAGUGGUGAACGAAACUUUGGUGUACGUUUAAAUAAACCCUACACUCCACGAGCAGCUAUCGAUGUUCAGUCAUUCACUGGAACACAUGCAGAUUUGCUUAUCCUUGUGUUUCACAAGCUGAUAACCACUGGCAAUCACCGAUUGCAAUCACUUUUCGACUGUCUUUUAACAAUUAUUGUGAACGUGUCACCAUACCUGAAGUCCAUUUCGAUGAUCGCCGCUAAUAAGCUUAUUCAUCUCAUUGAAGCUUUUUCAACUCCCUGGUUUUUGUUUUCAUCGCCGACGAAUCAUCUUCUUAUUUUCUUCCUUCUUGAAGUUCUCAAUAAUAUUAUUCAAUAUCAGUUCGAUGGAAAUUCAAAUUUGGUGUAUACUAUCAUUCGAAAACGCCAAGUAUUUUAUCAGCUGGCAAAUCUUUCAUCUGAUUCAGCAUAUAUCAUGAAAAUGCUACAGGGGCGCAAAGGUCGUAAAAGCGGUGCGGUUGCUGAAUCAAAGUCAAUAGCUGUAGCAAAAUCUGUUGAUGAUGUGGAAAACAAAGCGAAUAUAAAGGCUACCCUGGCUGAAACGCCAUUGGUAUCAGCAAUGACAGAAAAAGGAGUGAACGAUUUGGCACAAGCAAGCGAUGAUGUACAAGAAGGUUGGAUGGCAAGUACAGACUGGGUUGAAUCCUGGAAAAGUAAACUUCCUCUUCAAACGGUGAUGAGGCUUCUGCAAGUUCUUGUGCCACAGGUUGAGAAGAUUUGCAUCGAUAAGGGUUUAACAGACGAAAGCGAAAUCCUGAAGUUCCUUCAGCAUGGUACUUUGGUAGGAUUGUUGCCAGUUCCUCAUCCUAUACUUAUUAGAAAAUAUCAGGCUAACGCUGGUACUAAUCACUGGUUUCGAACGUAUCUAUGGGGAGUCAUUUAUUUAAGAAAUAUCGACCCACCAAUUUGGUAUGAUACCAAUGUUAAAUUGUUCGAAAUCCAGAAAACCUAG